GUCUGUGUGCAGGGUGCGGCUCUAGAGUGCGACACUGUACCCCCCAAAUAGCACCCUAGUCACCCCCCCACUCACCUCCAAGGAUCCCAGCACUGAUAAUCUCCCUCCCCAGACCCUCCCUUGGAGCUUUGUGGCCCCCCACCUCACUCCACACUUCUCAUCUCUCCCCCUCCCCAGCACUUUUAAUCCCUCUUUUAAGAUUUUUUUUUUUUUUUUUUUGUUUAAUUAUUUAAUUGCUCCUCCUCGUCCAGGAAAAGAAAGGACCUGCCUGAGCAGAGGGGAAACUUCAUCUGCUAUUUGGUCUGGAAGUUCUGCAUUUCUUUCUUGUGUGGAUGAUUUUUGAGCCGGAAUUUCAUCUGGAUUGUAUUUCUGGGGACAAAAGGUGCUGAGAAGGAUUUUAAAAGGCAAAAGUCUAAACUUCUAUUGGAUUUGUUUUUAGAAAAAAAAAAAUAUAUAUAUAUAUACGUUUUUAAAAGGAAGAAGAAGAGAUCCAGUCAGAACAGGAGGAGGUGUCUGCUGGAUUAGUAUCUGACUUGAGAACGGAUGCCGACGUUUCAGGAGAUCCUUUCUGUCACACUGUGAACUGAAGAAAAGAAGCCAGGGAGGGCCGUGACAUCGGAAUGUUGGCUUUGCAAGCUCAGGGAGGAAACAGCAGGGAGCAAAAAACAGAGAGUGCCUGAAAAUGACUGCAAAAAGGAACCUGUUUGUGCGGUUGGUGCCGUGCCGGUGUUUGCGGGGAGAGGAAGAAACUGUGACCUCACUUGACUAUUCUCACUGCAGCCUGGAACAGGUGCCGAAAGAGAUUUUCACAUUCGAGAAAACCUUGGAGGAACUUUAUUUGGAUGCCAACCAGAUUGAAGAGCUUCCCAAGCAACUAUUCAACUGCCAGUCUCUGCACAAGCUGAGUUUGCCAGACAAUGACCUAACAAUAUUGCCAGCAUCUAUAGCAAAUCUCAUUAAUCUCAGGGAACUAGAUGUCAGCAAGAAUGGUAUACAGGAGUUUCCAGAAAAUAUUAAGAAUUGUAAAGUUUUGACAAUCGUCGAAGCAAGCGUCAAUCCAAUUUCCAAGCUCCCAGAUGGCUUUUCACAGCUGUUAAACUUGACUCAGUUAUACCUAAAUGAUGCUUUUCUUGAUUUCUUGCCAGCUAAUUUUGGCAGGUUAAUUAAACUUCAAAUUUUGGAACUUCGGGAGAACCAGUUGAAAUUGUUACCAAAAACUAUGAAUAGACUUACACAGCUUGAGAGACUGGAUCUCGGAAGUAAUGAAUUCACAGAAGUGCCUGAAGUACUUGAACAAUUAAGUGGGUUGAAGGAAUUCUGGAUGGAUGGCAAUAGGCUGACCUAUAUUCCAGGGUUUCUUGGAAGUCUGAAGCAACUAACAUACUUGGAUCUGUCAAAAAACAGCAUCGAAGUGGUGGAAGAUGGAAUUUCCGGGUGUGAAAAUUUACAAGACCUUCUGCUGUCGAGCAAUGCCAUACAACAGUUACCAGAAUCUAUUGGUGCACUGAAGAAAUUGACAACUAUGAAAAUAGAUGAAAACCAGCUCAUGUAUUUACCAGACACUAUUGGGGGGCUGGUUUCCCUUGAAGAGCUGGAUUGCAGUUUCAAUGAGAUUGAAGCUUUACCUUCCUCUAUCGGGCAAUUUUCUCAGAUACGGACGUUUGCUGCUGAUCAUAACUUCCUAACGCAGCUUCCCCCAGAGAUCGGACACUGGAGGCAAGCCACGGUGUUGUUCCUGCAUUCUAACAAAUUGGAGUUUCUCCCAGAGGAAAUGGGCGACAUGCAGAGACUGAAGGUCAUUAACCUGAGUGACAACAAACUGAAGAAUUUGCCCUUUAGCUUCACAAGACUGCAGCAACUCACAGCAAUGUGGCUGUCAGAUAAUCAGUCCAAGCCGCUGAUCCCUCUGCAGAAGGAGACGGACCCGGACACGCAGAAAACAGUCCUAACGAACUAUAUGUUCCCACAGCAACCAAGAACUGAUGACAUUAUCAUCUCUUCAGACAAUGAAAGCUUUAAUCCAUCUUUGUGGGAGGAGCAGAGGAAGCAGCGAGCGCAGGUUGCCUUCGAGUGCGAUGAUGACAAGGAUGAGCGGGACAUUCCAGCCCGGGAAGGUAAUUUGAAGAGAUAUCCAACACCAUACCCUGAUGAGUUGAAGAACAUGGUGAAAACUGUGCAGACCAUAGUGCAUCGGUUAAAAGAUGAAGAGAAGGCUGAGGAAGCCAAUAAAGAAUUGAAGCAAAAUGAAGUCCAACAACAGCCAACAAAGGACACAGGAGUGAAGGUUGCAGAACCUGUCCCAGAUAAAAAUGACAUAGAAGAAAAAGUAAAUAAUAUUGUGGGGAACUGUAUUCAGAAUCCUGAGAAAACCACUGAAAACUCACCGCAAACUAAUCUCACUAAGAACCUCUGGAAUGCAAAAACUGUUGUCAACCAUGACGAGACACUUGAGGAGUCAGAAGACCUGUCUUACGAUGAAGAGAUGAAGAUGGCUGAAAUGCGGCCGCCGCUUAUAGAGACUUCCAUGAAUCAACCUAAAGUUGUAGCAUUGAGCAACAACAAGAAAGAUGAUAUUAAAGAUGCAGACUCUUUGUCAGAUGAAGUGACCCACAACAGUAAUCAGAACAACAGCAACUGUUCCUCACCAUCCCGAAUGUCCGACUCUGUAUCGCUAAACACAGAGAGCAGCCAUGACACCUCCCUGUGCUCGCCUGAAAAAGAAUCAAGUAUUGCCAUGAGCUUGAAAUUAAGACAAGAAGAUGAAAACUUGAACAAUAUUUUACACAAUGGGAGCAAAUUAAAUACUGUCAAUGAGAGAGGGAUAAGCGAGAUUCCAUCACCAAACAGUGAAGAGGAUUUAGUCCAAGAGAAAAGAAUAAACAGCACCAGCGAGAUGGCACAAAAUCUGAACCAGAUGAACAUAAACAAUAACCUGACAAGUGAUGAUGGCCUGUACUCCGAUACCCUGGAGCGCUCAAUUAUCUCACAAGAAGUCCUAUCCAGAAAGGGAUAUACAUAUAACAAUGAGAAACGGGAGCCUGAAGUGUUGGAGAACAGAAAAACGUACCCAGAUUUAUGUGCAAUGAACAAAGUCAAUGGACAUUCCCAAGAUGAACAGAUGUCCCCAGAUAUGAGUGACCCAGUGAGGAGCGCAUCAGAGGAUUCAGUGCCUUCAUUUGAUAUGUGUGUUUCAAAAAGUACCGACGAUUUGUCUCCCCAGCUCGGAGAUUCAAUGAGCUCUGUUAUGAAGUCCCACAGCAUAACUAACAUUGAGACCGGUGGACUGAGGAUCUAUGACAUUCUCAGUGACAGUGGCUCUCCGCAGCCGCCAUACAUUGGUAAAUCUGCAGCAGCAGCUGGUGCUGAAGGACAAAAUAUUGUUAGAAGCAAGUCGGCCACUCUUCUGUAUGAUCAGCCAUUGCAGGUUUUCACUAGUUCGUCUUCCUCUUCGGAUCUGGUAUCUUCUGGGAAAAAAACUGUUUUCAAAUUUGAUUCCAACCACAACCCUGAGGGGGCCUACACUAUGAGAGCCCCUGCAGCAUCUCAGAUGCCCGCUGUGCCUCAGUAUAAUGUUCAAUAUAGUAGUAGUGGUAGUGCUUCAACUAAGGAUAAUCUGUGGCCUCAAAAACAGGGCACUUCUAUGGACCAAGGAGGUUUUCCACCUCCACGUUACCAUAUGUCAGAUAGCAUAGAUAGCCCUAACUAUGCCAAACACCCUGCCAACAUGAAUUUCUCUAAUCAUAAUAAUGUGAGGUCUAGUAACACGUACAGUGUGCCUCAAAGAAUGGGACCAAGGCAUGUAGAAGCAUGGGCCAUGUCCCCAAAUGAUCGAGUCCUUCAAGGAGCUAGUCGUAACACACUUCAAAGACAAGGUAGCGUCUCCUCCAAUGCCUCUAUGGUUAUGGGUGAUCCAGGAACUAUCAGGAGGGUUGUCGUACCAGAUGGGGACUAUAUGACAUACAGAGAAUUACAUUCAAUAGGAAGACCUUCACAUCUGAUGGCAGGUCCACAGAGACCCAUGUCAGCGAGGACAUACAGCAUUGAUGGCCCUAAUGUACCAAGACCCCAAAGUGCACGUCCUUCUGUUAACGAUAUCCCUGAGAGAACAAUGUCUGUCAGUGAUUUUAACUAUUCUCGGACUAGUCCUUCCAAAAAGCCAAAUGCUAGGGUCAACUCUGAACAUUCUUUACUGGACUCACAAGGCAGGAGUAAAGUCCCUCAUGAUUGGAGGGAACAGGUCUUACGGCACAUAGAAUCAAAAAAACUUGAAAAGAGCAUGCUGUCACGGUCCUUUAAUUCCACUUAUACCGCAGCUAGCGGGUCUCUGUAUGGCAGCUCUAGAGAUCUGCAUGGCAGCCAGGGCAGUGUUGCCAUGAGUGUAGCUGACAGAAGAGGUUCUGGUGUUCACGUACUUCGUCACCCGACAGCUGGGAGCACUGGUGAACCUGCACAAGAUGAUGUGUUUGGACCUGGGCAGCAAAACUAUGCAACACUGGUCCACAAGGAUAGCGCUUCUGAUAGUGGAAAGAAGAUGCUGUUGAGCAAUGGCCAGAUGAGCCAGCCAUCGAGGUCACAGAGCAACUACAGCCAGCUACUUCCUCACCAUCCCCAGCCAGCUGUGGUCAGGGUACGGCUGAUGAAGGAUCCUGAGCUCGGUUUUAGUAUAUCAGGAGGUGUUGGUGGUAGAGGAAACCCCUUCAGACCUGGUGAUGAUGGCAUAUUUGUGACAAGAGUACAGCCUGAAGGACCAGCAUCCAAAUUAUUGCAGCCCGGGGACAAAAUUAUACAGGCCAAUGGAUACAAUUUUCUGAACAUUGACCAUGGACAAGCGGUGUUGCUGCUCAAGAAGUUUCAGAACGCAGUCGAGCUGAUUGUUAUGCGGGACGGAGCCGUGUAAAGGAACUCAAAAAUGAAUGGAAAGCCAGCAAUGAGUCAAGAGACUAAUUAGUAUCAAAACUAUUUUUCUAUGUAUAUAUCUUAAAGCCACAUAGAGAGAGAAAAAAAAACAUGCACUUGGAUUUUGAUAAAACGAUUUCUACAGAGAUGAAUUGUCGGGGAUUGUAAACCACUGCAGAUAAAACAGCCGGGUUCAAAUGCCUUGCCGUCUGGGUGUUUGAACGUUUGCUAAGUCUCACUUACAAGAACCAACCUGUGCUGUUUUUGUACAGAAUGUAGGUUUAUUUUUGGAUAACAUGUAUUACUAAAAACUUUACGAUAGAAAAAAAAAAAAGAGCCUCAACUGUAGCGAUGAGCAGGUGAGUGGCAGAGCUGUCUCUUCUGUGUGUACGCCUUUCUCUCUUCACACCUGGUAUCACAACUUUGUGUUUUUUAAUUUUUAUUAUAUUUUUCUGAAUCAAAAACCACUCGUGUGGAGUCGGGCAGGUUGAUGUGUUGACGUUGGCUUUGCUAUGUGUAAAUGGUAUAGCAAAAAAUGGUAAAGCAAAGUGUCGCAUAUGGUUAGCCAGGUAAUGGAGCCACCUGUCCUAUAUGAUUUCAUUGAACAUGCAGGAAAUAAGUGCUCUUUUCUUUUAUUAUGGGGGUCUAAAUGCCGAAAGCAACUUUUUUUUUAUUUUAUUUUUCUUAAAGGCACGAAUAGCAUACUUUUUUAAUAAUCGUGAUAUCAGUGAUCCGUAGCUUUUUGAUAUGUUUUUAGAUUAUUUUUUUUAUAAUUUUUUUUUAUUUUCAUGUGUAAUUUUUUUUAAACUGUAAUGAUAAAUUUAUGGAGAAAUUUUUAAACUUUUUUUGAAAUUUAUUUGACAUCUGUUCAUAUGCAAUAUAAAAGAUGCUACCCUGGCUUAGCUUAGCCUGGGUCGUAGUAGACAAAGCGGUGGGUUGGCCUGGAUUAGCAUCUAAUCAUAGUGCCUAAUUCUUGUUUUUACACACAGAUUUCCAAAGUUUUUCAAAUUAACUUCACUUUUUGUUUUCUGAGUAUCCCAGACUGUCCCGAAUAGGCUUUGUGCCUGGUGCGCCAGGUUCAUUUGUAAGUUCUUUUUUGGGGACAGAAACCUGUUUCCACAGAUGAACAACAGGACACCGCUCCGACUGCCGUAGUAGACGGUGACGUUACCCCUGCAUCUCCUCUCACUCUACAUGGGACAGAAUGGCCUCUUGCCUUGCUAAAUGUCGUAGUGUUUGGUGCUAGGUAACCAAAGCAAGUGCAUGGAAAUGCAGCAGAAUAAUGAAGCAUUCUUGAAAGCAACUACAGUCUUGAAGGGUCCCGUGGACCCGUCGUCGGUCUGUAAAGUCAGAGACUAAAGGGCUCUUUUUGCAGGGAAUACUGAAAUGUGAAUUACAUGUGUAGAGUCAUUAAAGGGUUUCUAACGAUAUACUGUUUAGUCAUUUACCACGAGCUGCCUUUGUUCCUUAGCCUUGUAAAUAUUUCCAAUUUCUUAUGAUUUUAUUCACAGAGGAACAUUGUUCAUGUCUAGAUAUAUCUUUUCUUUCAUGGGUCUGGUGUAAAUGGGCAGAGGCUGCAGCGCUUCAUAACAUGUAUCUAUAUUAAAGACCAGGGAUAAGUGAUAUAUAUCUUAUUUAUGGGGUAGUAACAACCCCAGAGGGCCCUGAUCAACCUCUGCACACAAGCAUAUAAUCCAUUCUUACUCCCCAGCAGUGACCGAUGCUCUCCAUUUGGAUACAUGCGAAACAUGAGUUUAACAUUGAGGGCCACUUACGUAAAAAAAAAAAGACUAGCCAUGAAGUAAAAAAGUCAAUGGAGAUCACUCAGAUCACUUAUUUUAGUUUUUUUAACCACUGGAAACAUGAGAGCAUUUGGUUCACUGGUUGUAAUCACCUUGUAGAUGGCAGAACUGUGGGCACAGAGCCUGUAUGUCAGCUCACAUAGUCCUUAUGGCUCCAUUGGCACUCCAUGUGCUUCCAUGUGGUGUCUCCAUCAUGCAGCAAUACUUCCAGAGUACAAAAUCUCCAUAAAAGAAGCAUCCAAAGCUUGAUCAUUUCUUUUAUAGGAUUCAUGUGUGUCUGACAGAAAAAAAAAACUAAAGGUUGUAGUGGCAACUUGAGUGGACCCAGUAGUUCCCUCAGGUCCAUAGGAGGAGGCCAAGCUUGUAUCUGAUAGAGCAUGCCACCGUUUUUACUGUUAGAUUCGCACGUGACUAGCAGAAAAAAAAUAAAAAAAUAAUAUGGAUGCACAGGAAGGCCCCAUACACUAGUAUGGGCAGUAAUAAACUAUAAUGGGUGCAAAGGUUGUAGCGGCAACCUGAAUAGAUUCAGUGGUUCCCUCAGGUCCAUAUGAGGAGGCCAAGUAUGCAUCUGAUAGAGCAUGCCACCCUUUUUCCUGUUAGAUUUAUAUGUGCCUAGCAGAAAAAAAUAAAAACUUGUAUGGAUGCACAGGCCCCAUACACUUCUAUGGGUAGAGAUGGAACCAUAAAAGGUGCAAAGCUUGCAGUGACAACUGGAGCCUGAAAGUCCCCUUUUGCCCUUAUGAGAAGACCAGUGCAAUAAAUUAUGUCGUAGUUGGGGACCUGAUACAUCUUUUGCAUUGGGGCUUUAGUUACGCCCAAGUCUGUGGUUGCUAUAUCUCAGCUCCCCGCGACUCAGAGGUUGUAGAGAGCUGUAAUAUAUCCGCACAAAUGAGUCCUGACUCCUUCACUUUCUGGUUGCUCUUGUUUUUCUACGUAACUUUAUUGUUCUGCCAUUUGCAUUAUUUCUGCAGUGGUAAUAGAGAAUGUAAUAUUCUGGAAGAAACCCUUUAACAGCUCUUUAUAUUCUUUACUUUCUGGAAUCUUUACAUAGGAAGUGACUAUUUUGGAAUAUAACUGCAGAAAUUUGCUGUAUUUUGUUAUAAUGUAUAGGAUAUAGUGUAUAGAUAUGAGCAAACGGGAACCUGGAUCUUCAGGAUUUCAUCUUUUUAAGCAGUUGUCUAAAGACGGGAACAUGUUUUUAUUUAAUUUCUCCCACAUGACAAUAUUUCACCUGGAGGAGAGAAUCCCCCGAUGAUUUCUUACGUUUUAUUUUUAUUAAUAGUACAUGAAUUGACAUCAAAAUGAAUUUUGAGGACGUUUUCUUGUCUCCUUUUACGUCUCCGUGUGAGAGCACAAUUCAUAGCAAUUUAAGGGUGUGGUUGCGAAUCCAAAUGACCUAUGCAUACAAAUGGAGGAGAUGCCUGGUGGCAAUAAAUUCUCGACAUGUUCCUGAACUAACCAUACGGUUCACUGUUGCAGCAGCAUUUGAAUUACUAUGUCUGGAAUGCAGUGUUUGCUAUAUUAGUGAUGUUUUAUAUUCCAUUCAGAUAUACUGGAGAGGUGGGCAACACAUUUUAGGUCGGGUGGGCUCCCCAAAGCCCAUCUUUGAUAUUUAUUAACCUCUUGAUUUUUUUUUUUUUAUUAUUUCUUUUGGUCGUCUGGAGGAUAACAUUUCAAAAACUGCUGUAUAUGGCUUUUUCAUAUGAAUUAGCAUACAUUUUGUUCCAGGUACUAGAAGGAUUCACGCACCUUAGAUUUAACGUUUUUAACCCUUUAGAUUCCCACGUGUGUUUUCAAAUCCAAUCCGUUGUAAAGGAGUAAGAGGUGUCCUACAAUGCACAGCUCGGGCUGUCUGUGUAUGUCGAGAAGAACUGCAGCCUUGUAUAAAAUAUAUUGUGCUGUUCAGGCACUUGACUGGUUUAUAUGAACCCCAACUAUGCAGAGAUGAACACACUGAAAUAUACUAUAUUUACAUGAGACGCGCAUCACACCGAUUCAGGCCACCUGCAGAUCGCCCACUAUUUAUUGUGUAAAUAGCCUGUUCUUUUUUUUUUUUUUUUGUGUGUGUGCCCGUGUGUUUUUAGUUUUUAUUUCGGACUCGUGUUUUAAAGAAAUCUGUACAUACAUUUAAGGCCUUCUAUGGACUUGCAAAACUUAGCAAUAAAGCAAAGAAAUUCAGCCCAGCUUUCAUGGUGAGGUAUUGCUGUGCUCUUUUAUUUUCAUGGGAUCUUCUUGUCAGCCGCCGUGUAAUGUUUUAUUGAUCUGCGUUUAUUCAACAUUCCAAUUUUUGUAUAUAAGUAAAUUGUUUCUCAAGUAACACAUGAAAAAUUAGAAAAUAAACUAAUGCUCUUACAAAUUG